ACGGUUUAGGACUGUACUAAAGUAUUACUUACUUAUUUUUGUGCGUACGUGUGUGUUUUAUUGUUAUAUAAAAAAAAUGGCAGAUACGGCAGUAGCAACAGAAUCACCCGCGCCCGCCACACCUGCGAAGAAAGCACCAAAAUCGGCACGCGCCGGCGCGAAGAAACCCAAGGCGAAACCGACACACCCCAAGACCUCCGAGAUGGUGACGUCCGCGAUUAAGGAGCUCAAGGAGCGUAGCGGUUCCUCGCUGCAGGCGAUCAAAAAGUACAUCUCGGCUACCUACAAGGUGGACGCCGAGAAGUUGGCACCUUUCAUAAGAAAGUAUCUAAAGAGCGCCGUCGAAACCGGUGCCUUGAUACAGACCAAGGGCAAGGGCGCGUCCGGUUCGUUCAAGUUGGAAUCGAAGAAGGCACCCGCCGCGAAGAAACCUUCGAGCGGUAAGGCGCCGAGCGCCGCGGCCGCCAAGAGCAAGGCGAAGUCGGCCUCCUCGAAGAGGGCCGCGUCCGCUUCGGCCGGCGGCAGGACCAAGAAGGUGGCCUCCGAUUCGUCGCCCACGAAGAGCGGCAAGGGUGGCGCCCCGGCAACCCCCAAGGAGAAGAAGGCGGCGGCGGCCGCAAAAAAGAAGCCCGCGUCCGCGAAGAAGCCGGCGGCGAGAGGUGGAAAGGGCUCCGCGGCCGCGGCCGCCGCACCCAAAGCGAAGAGGAGUGCCAAACCGCCCACAAAGAAACCUAAAGCGCCCAAACCUAAGAAGGCGUCCGCCGCUACGCCCAAAUCGAAGGCCCAGGCCUCGAAGAAGGCGUCGGGCGCGUCCAAGAAGUGAGUCACGCUAUAUGAUUAUAAAAAGUUAUACAGUGUCACACUGCGAAGACUACGAGGCGCAUCGAGACGCGAGGGACGGAGGGGGAUCGCUUCGCGAUCGCCAAAAAGCCCUUUUCAGGGCUAACAAUAUCUAUCUUCCUUAAUCUCAGUUCUGUUCACCUGCAUUACAACUAGGUGUACAGUACUACUACGUAAUUUCUACGAAAUAUUAUCGUUGUAAACAAGUACUGCGUAAUAAUAUUGAAAGAAAA